AUGAAGACAGAUGUAUUUUCUGUACAUAUACGCCCUCGUAACCUUCACGUUUCCAGUUACCAUAGUCGCCACACCGAUGCGAGGCCCCAGAUUAUAAAACCCAUGCUUCGGGGCACCAUUGAUGGGAAAACACCCCGGCAUAUUCCCGUGCUCAAGAGACGAACCUAUCAACACCUCCAAUUUACAUCUGUUGCUCGUAUUCCAACCAACGCAGUUGAGAUGCGAUUCUUGAACUAUCUUGUAUUCUCAGUGGGCGUGAUGCCCUUGGUACAUGCUUUUGAUCCUCACAUGCAAAAACCCAACUUUCCGUGCCCUGACCCCGAACAUCCAACGAGAGUUAAUGGAUUUUGUAUCAGGGAGCCCGAUCCUCAGGAACUCGUAGACAAAAAGGUAAACCCUGACGAGUAUUUCCGGUUCAUGGUCAAUGCUCCGACUACCGACUCGGGUUUCAACUGUAAAGAUGUAAAUAUCUUGGGUAAACCAGCAAGUACAGGGCAUUGCUGUGCGGCUAAUAUCCCUAAAGGUGUAACCUGGUUGGUGCCCGUUGCAUCUGUUGCAGAUUAUUGUACUUUGACAAGUAUUAUACCAUAAUCAAAGCCCUUUGAGCUUGUCAAAUUUUCAGUUUUUAAAUUUAAAUUCCUUCUUUCUCUGUAAACCAAACUUUGCCUUCGAUACUAUUGUUCUGUAAUUCUAAUCUCACUAGUGUUCAGUCG